UAUUUUUUCUCAAAAUGGCUUCAAGAGCUACAGCUUCCAUUGCCUUACUUCUUUCCCUUAACCUUCUCUUCUUCAGUAUGGUAAGCGCUGCCACUGGCACUUGCCCUAUUGAUGCCUUAAAACUGAAGGUAUGUGCCAAUGUGUUGGGGAUUAUUCAAAUCCCACCAAAUCAACCUUGCUGUAGCCUUCUUGGUAAUCUUGUUGCUCUUGAAGCUGCUGCUUGCCUUUGCACGGCCAUUAAAGCUAACGUUUUGGGCCUAAACCUAAAUGUUCCACUUGACUUGAGCUUGUACCUCAACAACUGUGGGAAGAAGGUUCCAAAAGGAUUCAAGUGCCCUUAAUUAAAUUAUAGUAGUCCAUGAUUUCUUUCAGUUUCUAUCUUUUCCUAAUUAAUGGUGUGGGUUUUUGCUUAUUAAUUUGGGAUAUUUUUUGGGUAAAUCAAUAAUUUUCUGGGUGCUAUGUACUGCAGAGAA